CCGCCCCCGCGCCCCGCGCCCGCCCGCUCCCAGGGCUGCUCGGCUACGUGCUGCUUGGAGGACACGCAGAUCUUAAAACGACCUGGAUUAGUGAAGGUGGGUGAAAUGGAUCUGACUAAUUACCCAUGGUUUCAGAGCCUUCCCUGUUCCCAGAACCUUCCCUUUCCAGAACCUUCCCUGCUUCCAGAAGAUCACCAGGGCCUCUUUCCUGUAAAUUCCCUAGUGCUUGUCGUAUAACGGAAUUUUAUUAAGUUAAUUCACUUAAUAACUGGAGAAUUUUCCAUGCCACAUACACAUUGUUGGUUUGGGAAGUCCUUAUCUGGAAAGGGUUUCUUCCCAUGUGAGAAGACCUUCAUGUGCUGCUUAUUUGAGGAUGGCCUGUGCACCCCCUCUGAGACCUGCGUGAACGACGGAGCGUUUGGACGGUGUCAGGAGUUGCCAGCCGUAGACGUGCACCACUACGAAGUGUCGCCAGGGGUCCUGCAGCACCUGACAGCCACCCUGCGGGCGCUCUCCCAUACAGGGCUCACGUGGCAGGAUGACUACACCCAGCACGUGAUGGCGCGGGAGCUCGCCAGCCUUCCCCAGACCUCCCCGCGACGCCCUGAGGCCUCCAGCGCAGCCAGGAGCUCAAAGCAGAGUGUCCAGGACAAGCGGAGCCGCAGCCUGGAGGGCGACGUGCUGGCCGAGGCCCUUCAGCGCUACCUGCCCUACCUGGAGGCCCUGUCCCAGGCCGCCGUCCCUGAUGUGCUCCCCGGGCUGAAGCCGGACAGGCCGCCGGCCCAGGGUGAGGACCCCCCGGCCGACAGCGUGCUGACCUUCGUGGACCGGACGUCCGCCCUGACCUACGCCCCCGCGUCCCGGGCCGAUUUCCCCGGGGACCGCCCGCUUCGCACGCUCCGCCGGCUCCAGCCCGACGAACUCAGCCCCAAGGUGGCCGGCGGUGCGGACAGGCAGAGUCUGGUCGCCGCGCUGGGUGCCUACGCGGCCCGGAAGCCCCCCGCGCCCCCCAGGGACGGCGACCCCGCCCCCCGCAACCUCGUGCGCGCGCCCUGGCGAGAGCCCAGGGUCCUUUCGGCACCGGCGGCCCCCCAGAAAUGGGCCUCGCCUCCGGACCCCAGGGACGCCCUGGGCACGGACGACGGGGCACGUGUUCAGGCUCUGCUGAAGGACCUGCGGAAGCGCCCGGGCAGCGUGGAGGGUCUGAGCGCCCUGGACGUGGCCGAGGCAGCCCGUGCCAUAGCGAGCGCGAUGCCAGGCGGGGGCGCGGAAGGGGAGCAGGACGGCGCCGGGAGAGGCGGCGGAGGGCCGAGAGCGCAGGCGGGCCGCUCGGGGGCCGCGCGCCACAGAGACGGCGUGCCAGAUAACAGAGUGCGAGACGGCGGUGCGGGAGUUUACCAGGAGGUCAGCCGUUUGGGCGUCAAACUCGGGGACCUCCUGCAGGGUCCUGGGUCUCCAUUCCUGCCUGGAGCCCCCCGUCUUGCCGGGUCCUUCAAGACGGAGAUCAAGAAAUCGGAGGACCCUGAGGCCUCCCCGUCUUCAGAGGAGGAUCGCGUGGGGGUGGAGAACAUAAAGAGUCAGACCUACUCCAAGGAGCUGCCGCAAAGGCCACCGCACCCCGAGCCGGGGCUGGGCGGGCUUGGGGCGUCACAGCUCCGGGUUCCGGCGGCCCCACGGGAGAACCAGCGCCCCGGCGCCGGGGCCCGGGGAGCCCCCGGCCGAGGCCUGCGGCUGGAAGUCCAGCCUCCCCAGGAGGAGUACGGCUACAUUGUGACGGAAAACGACCCGCUGAGCCCAGAGAAGGGGACGGAGGUGCUGGAGGACGUGGCGCGUCUCCUGGACAUGCCGGCGGGUGUCUUCUCGGACAUCGCGGUCUCGGGACCAGCGGUGACCUUCAGGGUGCGCGCCAACGCCCAGAACGUGACGGCGGCGGACGCCGCGAAGGCGGCAGCCGACAACAAGGACCAACUGGAAAAAAUGUCUGGACUGAGGGUUCUUCAGACCGGAGUCGGCUCGAAAAGCAAACCCAAGCUUCUGCCUCACCAGGCAGAACGAGAGGACUCGACCAAGUUCAUCGCGCUCACCCUGGUCUCCAUCGUGGCCAUCGUGGCGGUCCUGCUGGCGUCCGGCGUCAUCUACUGCCUACGACACAGCUCUCGGUACAGGCUGAAGGAGAAGCUCUCGGGACCUGGGGGCGACCCGGACCCCGAUGCCACCAACGCCUACCAGGAGCUGUGCCGGCAGCGCAUGGCCGCGCGCCCGUCCGAGCGCCCGGAGACCGCGCACACGUCCCGCGUCAGCAGCGUGUCCUCCCAGUUCAGUGACGGGCCGAUGCCCAGCCCCUCUGCGCGGGGCAGCACCUCGUCCUGGUCGGAGGAGCCCGUGCAGCCCAACAUGGACAUCUCCACUGGCCACAUGGUCCUGGCCUACAUGGAGGACCACCUGAAGAACAAGAACCGCCUGCAGAAGGAGUGGGAGGCGCUGUGCGCCUACCAGGCCGAGCCCAGCAGCGCGCUCGCGGCCCAGAGGCAGGAGAACGUGCCCAAGAACCGCUGCCCCGCAGUGCUGACCUAUGACCACUCCCGGAUCCGGCUGAAAUCAGAGAACAGCCACGGCAGCUCUGACUACAUCAACGCCAGCCCCAUCAUGGACCACGACCCCAGGAAGCCCGCGUACAUCGCCACCCAAGGACCGCUGCCCGCAACCGUGGCUGACUUCUGGCAGAUGGUGUGGGAGAGCGGCUGUGUGGUCAUCGUCAUGCUGACCCCCCUCUCGGAGAAUGGCGUCAGGCAGUGUUACCACUACUGGCCGGACGAGGGCUCCAACCUCUACCACGUCUACGAGGUGCAUCUGGUCUCUGAGCACAUCUGGUGCGAAGAUUUCCUCGUGAGGAGCUUUUAUCUGAAGAACCUUCAAACCAACGAGACUCGCACGGUGACGCAGUUCCACUUCCUGAGCUGGUAUGACCAGGGAGUGCCUUCCUCCACGAGGUCCCUUCUGGAUUUCCGCAGAAAAGUAAACAAGUGCUACAGGGGCCGUUCUUGUCCAAUAAUUGUCCACUGCAGUGACGGCGCGGGCAGGAGCGGCACCUACAUCCUGAUCGACAUGGUUCUCAAUAAGAUGGCCAAAGGCGCUAAAGAGAUCGACAUUGCCGCGACGCUGGAGCAUUUGAGGGACCAGAGGCCACGCAUGGUUCAGACAAAGGAGCAGUUCGAGUUUGCGCUGACGGCCGUGGCCGAGGAGGUGAACGCCAUCCUCAAAGCCUUUCCCCACACCCAUCCACACUCUUAA